AUGAAAUUCAAUCAAAAAUAUAAAAUUCAAAAACGAAUUUCUUAUCUUACCUACGACGAAACCUUCGCUCUUUCAUUCAAUCAGCCAAAGUUUUCUCCAACACCCAUUUGGGAUUCUAAUGGAAUUACUAUUGCUGAUCGAUCGGUUAUUGGCAAAAAUCCUAUGGCCAUUUUUGUGAACACAAACAACACAAUCUAUAUCGCUAAUCAAGAAAAUAACACAAUUGUAGUUUGGCAAGAAGAGAGUGUCAAUCCAACAAUGAUCAUUUCUGGUAAUUUUACAGAAUCUCAUUCUCUCUUCGUGACAUCAAAUGGUGAUAUUUAUAUUGAUGAUGGUGAUUAUAAUGGUCAUGUGCUGAAAUACAUGGUAGAAACAAGUACUUUUGUCACAGUGAUGAAUGUCAACUCAUCAUGUGAAGGUUUAUUUGUCGAUAUCAACGAUACUCUUUAUUGUUCAAUGUCUGAGCAUCAUCAAGUAGUGAAAAGAUCGUUAAAUGAUUAUGAGAUAAAUUCAAAUCAUGUUGCUGCUGGGACAGGUAGUCUAGGAUCAAACUCGAAUCAACUCCAUUGGCCUCUUGGAAUCUUUGUCGAUGUAAACUUGGAUUUAUGUGUGGCAGAUUGUGAAAAUCAUCGAGUUCAGUUAUUUCAGUCAGGAGUAUCAAAUGGCAUCACAGUGGCUGGAGAAGAAUCACUAAAUCCAACAAUUACACUUAAUUGUCCAACUAAAAUUAUAUUAGAUACUGACAAAUAUUUAUUCAUUGUGGAUCGUAACUAUCAUCGCAUUGUUGGUUCAAGCUUGGAUGGUUUUCGAUGUUUAGUUGGAUGUUUUGGAAAGGGUUUACAAUCCAAUCAAUUGUAUGAUCCAUUUAGUUUUAGCUUUGAUCAGUCUGGAAACAUGUUUGUUACUGAUUAUACAAAUCAUCGAAUCCAAAAAUUUUUAUUGAUGAAAGAUUCUUUUGCCCUUUCAUUCAAUCAACCAAAGUUUUGUCAAACAGCCACUUGGAAUUCUAAUGGAAGUACUUUUGCUAAUCAAUCGAUUGUUGGUGAAGAUCCUGUCGCCAUUUUUGUGAACACAAACAAUACAAUCUAUGUCGCUAAUCGAGAAAAUAACACAAUUGUAAUAUGGCAUGAAGAGAAUCUCAAUCCAACAAUGAUCAUUCAUGGUAAUUUUACACAACCUCGUUCUCUCUUCGUGACAUCAAAUGGUGAUAUUUAUAUUGAUGAUGGUGAUUAUAAUCGUCUAGUGCAAAAAUGGAGUGCAGCAACAGGUACCUUUGUCACGGUGAUGAAUGUCAACUCAUCAUGUGAUGGUUUGUUUAUCGAUAUCAAUGAUACUCUUUACUGUUCAAUGUCCUUUAAUGAUCAAGUAGUGAAAAGAUCAUUACAUGAUUCUGAGAUGAAUUCAAAUCGUGUUGCUGCUGGAACAGGUAUUAGAGGAUCAGCUUUGGAUCAAUUUGCUGAUCCUGCUGGAAUCUUUGUCGAUGUGAAUUUGGAUUUAUAUGUGGCAGAUUGUUUAAAUAAUCGUGUUCAGCUAUUUCAGUCAGGAGAAUCAAAUGGCAUCACAGUAGCUGGAUAUAAAUCACAAACUCCAACAAUCGAACUUUACUAUCCCACUGGAAUUAUAUUAGAUGCUGAGAAAUAUUUAUUCAUUGUGGAUCGUAAUAAUCAUCGCAUUGUUGGUUCAAGCUUGGAUGGAUUUCAAUGUUUAGUUGGAUGUUAUGAAGGGGGUUCACAGUCUAAUCAAUUGAAUAUUCCAGUUAGUUUAAGUUUCGAUCAUUCUGGGAACAUAUUUGUGACUGAUCGAGUGAAUAAUCGAAUUCAAAAAUUUCAAUAUUUGGAAGAAUUGUGUAGGAAAAUUAAGAAAAAAAAUAACUCUAUAAGAUUAGGAUGGAAAUAA